CUCAGAGCAUCAGGAGAUGCAAGAGAAGGAAGCUGCAGGAGAGCAGGAAGGAAAAAAAGGAGGAGCCGAAGAGCAGUUGCCUUGAACACAGCAGAGUGUCUGUUCACUGUCAGCAUCACUCCUGCUCAGCGCCCCAUGCCAUGGAUAUAAUAUUUGGCAGAAAUAAGAAGGAGCAGCUGGAACCUGUGCAGGCCAAAGUGACAGGCAGGAUUCCAACAUGGCUGCAGGGCACCCUGCUCCGUAACGGGCCUGGAAUGCACACAGUGGGAGAGACCAGAUACAACCAUUGGUUCGAUGGCCUGGCCUUGCUCCAUAGCUUCACAAUCAGAGAUGGUGAAGUUUAUUACAGGAGCAAAUACCUGAGAAGUGAUACCUACAAAGACAACAUCGAGGCCAACAGGAUUGUGGUGUCAGAGUUUGGAACGAUGGCCUACCCAGACCCCUGCAAAAACAUAUUUUCUAAAGCUUUCUCCUACUUGUCCCAUACCAUCCCUGAUUUCACAGACAAUUGCCUGAUUAACAUCAUGAAGUGUGGGGAAGACUUCUAUGCGACCACAGAGACCAAUUACAUCAGGAAAAUCAACCCACAUACUCUGGAAACCCUGGAGAAGGUUGAUUAUCGCAAGUUCGUGGCUGUAAAUCUGGCAACAGCACAUCCUCACUAUGAUGAAGCUGGAAAUGUUCUUAAUAUGGGCACAUCCAUCAUGGACAAGGGGAAGACAAAAUAUGUGAUCUUUAAAAUCCCUGCCACAGUCCCAGAGGACAAGAAGGAGAAGAACCCCUUGAAGCACACGGAGGUGUUCUGCUCCAUCACCUCCCGCUCCCUCCUCUCCCCGAGCUAUUACCACAGCUUCGGAGUCACGGAGAACUACGUCAUUUUCCUCGAGCAGCCUUUCAAGCUGGAUAUCCUCAAAAUGUCAACUGCGUACAUCCGGGGAGUGAACUGGGCUUCCUGCAUGGCUUUCCACAAGGAAGACAAGACUUAUAUUCACAUCAUCGACCAAAGGACCAGGAAACCUGUGCCCACCAAGUUUUACACGGACCCCAUGGUGGUCUUUCAUCACGUCAAUGCCUACGAGGAGGAUGGCUGCCUUCUCUUUGACGUCAUUGCCUACGAGGACAGCAGCCUUUACCAGCUCUUCUACUUGGCCAACCUGAACCAGGACUUUGAGGAGAACUCAAGGCUAACCUCCAUCCCCACCCUCAGGAGGUUUGCUGUGCCUCUCAAUGUGGACAAGAAUGCAGAGGUGGGCUCAAAUCUAAUCAAACUGGCAUCUACAACAGCAAGAGCCCUGAAGGAAAAGGAUGACCAAGUCUACUGCCAGCCGGAGUUGCUUUAUGAAGGUUUAGAGCUGCCUCGGAUUAAUUAUGCUCACAAUGGGAAGCGAUACCGCUAUGUCUUUGCUGCUGAAGUUCAGUGGAGUCCCAUCCCAACCAAGAUACUGAAAUAUGAUGUUCUCACAAAGUCAUCCUUAAAAUGGGGACAGGAACACUGCUGGCCAGCAGAACCCCUGUUUGUACCCACACCAGGUGCCAAGGACGAGGAUGAUGGGAUUAUCCUAUCGGCCAUCGUCUCUACUGAUCCCCAAAAGCUGCCUUUUCUACUUAUUCUGGAUGCCAAAAGUUUUACAGAAUUAGCCCGUGCAUCUAUUGAUGUAGAGAUGCACCUGGAUCUCCAUGGGCUAUUCAUCCCGGACACAGACUGCAACACCGGGAAGCAGGCCGCUUCCCAGGAAGAGCGGGACAGGGCUCCGGACUGCCACGCGGCCCCACAGAUCUGACUGGGCUGGGGCCUGGGCCCCUCCCUGGGAAGAAGGACUCCAGGCUUGCUUCUUCUCUGGGUGAAGGGGACAUCCUUCAUUUUGUUUUGCACUUAUUCUUUCUGUGGUUGCUUUGAGACGAAGGUAUGGAAAUAGUGCUUGUCAGUAUCUUUUCUUUAACUUAUUUUGGCCAUAAAAACCUUGUUUAAAAGUGGAUCAAAUAUUUAUUGAUUAGCUCAAGCACUUCUAAGAAAGCCUUUUUCCCUUAUUAUAAUGACAAUGACCAGAAAUUGUAUUAAGUCAUAUAAUCAUCCUUCUUAGAAUAAGCAACCACGGAGUUAUCAAAGAAGAGACAAGUAUUUUUCGCUGCUCUGUCCUGCCACCCCUUCUUUCCCUCUUCCCAGGAGACUAGAUUAUGCAUCUGAGAGUCCUAGCUUUCUCCACUGAGCCCUGUUAGUAAAUUAUGUGGCCAGGAAGGCAGAGUACUUUGUGGUCAUUCCAUGCAAGGCAUGGCAUGAUAUAAAAUAAUAAAAACUUUAAAAUCUGUUCCAACCUUA